AUGGGGGCGGGGGCGGGGACGGGAACGGGGACGGGGGCGGGGGUGUACGUGUACCUGGACAGCGUCCUGGUCCCGUGGAGCGUGUUCAUGGCGCUGGCGUACCACGCCUACCUCUGGCACCACCUCAGGCACAGGCCCUUCCGCACCACCAUCGGGCUCAACACCUGGAAGCGCCGGGCGUGGCUGCGGCAGCUGCUGCAGGGCCAGGGGGAUGACAAGAAGGGGAUGCUGGCGGUGCAGAGCCUGCGCAACACCCUCAUGUACGCCAUCUUCACCGCCACCGUCACCCUCCUCCUCACCCUCUCCCUCGCCGCCCUCUCCAACAACGCCCUCACCUUCAAUUCCAGUUCCAAUUCCAACCACAGCCACUUCUUCUUCUUCUUGCUGCUGGGGUCGCAGUCCCCGCGGAUCCUCGUCCUCAAGUACGCCUCCGCCUCCAUCUUCAUGCUCGCCACCUUCCUCUGCACCUCCAUGGCCAUCGCCUUCCUCAUCGACGCCAAUUUCUUGAUCAACUCUGUCGAGGGGGAGGGGGAGGGGGAGGGGCAACUAAUAAUGAUCUCCGGAGGAGGAGGACACACGGAGGCCGUGGUGGAGAGAGGGUUCGCAUUGGCGUUGGUGGGGAACAGGAUGCUCUGCAUCGCCUUCCUCUUGCUGCUCUGGCUGUUUGGCCCCGUCGCCGUGGCCGUGGCCUCCGCCGCCCUACUAUGGGUUCUCUACGGCCUAGAUUUUCAUCCCUCCUCGUCGUCAGACCACCGCCACCACCACCACCACCGCUUGCUUAAUAGUUAG